UUGGCCAGCUUGUACUAUGGGCCUCCUGUUUGGCCAUUUUUGUUUAGAAAAUCUGAUAGAUUCUUGAGAAUUGAACUCAAUUUUGGUUAUGUAUUGAAAUGUAUGUUUCAUGUAUUAAAAUUUAAACUGCUUAUCGUUUAUGCACGUGAUUGAAGCUAAAGCUGAAGAUGUAUGGGAAGUCUUGGAUGAGACUCCUUUUUAUGAAUUGCGACAGAUUCCAUUGCCAUUGUUAGUUAAGGUUGUAGAUUUAUUUGUUAUCCAGGGAAGUGCUCACGACGAUGCCAACCACAUUUCCCGCUCGCGGAGAAUCAUUUAAGUCUCUAUUCUCCAUGAUUUGAAGCCGAAUGAAGAGGAAGGCUUUGACCGGCUGGCCACUAUCUGUGCCUCUUGGGCAUUAGUCAAGCGCUAGAGAAUACAAAAAAUGUUGAGGCUGGCACAGGGCUGCGGCUGAAGAAUAUUCCUUUUUAAACGUUUGCAGUUGUCCGACUGCUGUUUCUUUUCGGCAGAGGAAAGUCGAGGGGCAGCGUCUGUGCUCCAACUUCGUGCUAUCAUGUUUUAUUUAAAUAGAAGAAUGCAGAUAUUUGAAUGGAUAUUUGACGACGCCAUGCGAAGAAGGAAAUAUGGCUGGUAGUAAUACCAAGACGUCAAAAUGAAUGGUGAAAUACCUAGCGUUCCAGUCACUACAUUGGCUGGCAUUUCAAGUCUUACCGACUUGUUGCCUGAGAUGCCACUGCCGUCCCCGCUGCCGCAGACUCUCAGCAACAAGUCCCUCUUGUUCCACCCCCGGGUCGCGGAGGAGGCGCAGAUCCUGCUGAGCCUGCGAGACGAAGCGCUGGUGCCCCAGCUGAUACAGAACCUCUCCCAGACGUGCGCCGAGCACAUCGAACUUAAGGAUCACUACGCCGGAGCGGAGCAAUUGGUCGACCAGCAGCAGCAGAAUGUCCCGGAGCUGCUGAAGGCGAUUCUGCAGAGAAACCCAAGUGUCUUCAAGGGACCAAGAGCCAACUCCCCGCGACAGGGCCCCUGGGCGGACCCGGGCGCCGCUCUUCCCCUCGCCCCCAACGGCAGCAAGGCCUCCCCCGCGAGCUACGGCCAGCCCAGCCCGGCGUACGCCAGCCCUUGCAGCUCGAGGCACACCCCUCACGGCAGCCCGGCCCCUCCCCCGGCCCCGGCGAGGGCGGCGGCCCCGCCUCCCCCCGCGCCGGUGGCAGCCUUGCAGCCCGAGCAGCGGGUGUCGGUCAUCGCGGAGCCUCGCCCGGCGGAGCCCCUCCCCCUCCCCCGCGAUGCCGGGCCGGACGCCCCUGCCGCCUUCGACGCCAACGCCCACAGCAACGGGCCGCUGACGACGUGCCUCGUGGACUCUCGGACUGGAGCCGGCCAGGCGGAUGGUAUCGGCGAGCAGGUGGGCGGGAGUGGUGUCUUCGCCGGCGGAAGUGGCGGCGGUGGUGACUCUGGGAAGAGCUCCGUGGCCAGUGUUCAAGAGAAACAGAUAGCUAGCUUUCCCAACAAUUCGUCCGCCUCGAGCCGGGAGAGUUCGGUGACUUUCGGGCAGAACGUAGUCGAUGCGAGUGUUUCAAGAAUCCGUAAGGGUCUUAAUGGUGUGGACGGUGUCCUGGUGGGCUGUGCAGAGUCCCCAGCGCCUGCCCCCAGGCCACUGCCGUUGCCCCAGCCGCAAGGCGGGGAAGCAACGCCACCUUCCACAAAUAGUACAAAGGCAGAGCCUGCUUCCCCGAUAAUGAAGAAACCGGUUGUGAAACUUAGUAGAUUAUCAGUGGAGGACCAGGUGCUGAUGCAGAAGAGCCUGAAGGAGUUUGCGGAGAAGUCGCCGCAGCUGGCCAGCAAGCUGGGCCUGACGAGCAACCACCGGGUGGCCCCCGGCUCGGACGCCGACCUGAAAGCGCUGGGCUCCGGCUCCGACGAGGACGAGCCGAGGAACAAGUCCAAGUACUUCAAGGCCAGGGAAAAGGAGCGCGAGCUCCAGCGCCAGAAAGAUAAAGAACAGAAAAAGAUUUUUCACGGAGACGACACGAAUGUCGGCGUGCACGGCGAGAGGAUAAAGAGAAGAAAGCGUAGCUUCCCCAAUCACAGGAUGGGUGCGAGCCACUGCGACGGUGCUGCACUAGCGGAGAAUUGUGAAGAUGUUCCAACGCCCAGAACAAAACUGCGCAAAGUAGAGCGUAAAUUAAUUCCUGUGAUAGAGAAACUCAGCCCUGAAGAGCUUAUGGAGACCAAUACAUAUCUCAGGUUUAAUCGCUCCAUUGAAACACUCUUUGACAACACUGAAGAUCUGGACCUGAGCAUAGAACUGGACGAAGAUGCGGAUGUGCCUCCGGAGGCUCUGAUACCCAAGUACCAGCUGCAGGAGCUGUGCAGCGAGGCCGCCAAGCUGAAGACGCUCUGCGUGAUGGAGUCCAUCCCCUCCGAUCGCCUCGUGAGGCUCUUGAACAUCCUCGAGAAGAACAUCCGCGACGGGACGAGGGUGUCGCCCAUAGCCGACCCGGACGACGACGAGGACGAGAGCAAGCUGUGGCUGGAGCUGACGAUGGAGAGGGUGAUGCGGGCGGCCGACGCCUCCCUCACCGCCCUUUACAUCAUGACCUCGCCCAACAUGCCCAAGAAGAUAUACCUCGAGGACAUCAUCGACAGGAUAGUGGUGUUCACCAAGUACCAGCUGCAGAACACCAUAUACCCUUCAUUCGACCCCGUCUACAGGGUCAACUCUAAAGUCAAAGAGUCGUACAUCGGCAGUGCGAAGAAGAAGAGGGCCCAUGCAAAAGAAGUGCGGGAGAAAAGUAUUUUGACCCUGUACAACAAGCUGCACGAGCAGGUCGGACUGUUCUCGGAACUUCUGAACAUCCAGAUCCUCACGGACAACGCGGUACUCCAUGCGUCCUCGAUGGGCGUCGCCCCGUUCUUCGUAGAGAACGUGAAUGAGCUCCAGCUUUCGUCACUCAAGCUGGUCACAACGAUAUUCACCAAGUACGAGAAGCACCGCCGGCUGCUGCUGGACGACAUCUUGGCGUCGAUCGCGCGCCUGCCCAGCAGCAAGCGCAGCCUGCGCACCUACAGGCUCAGCUCGGAGGAGCACAUCCAGAUGCUGACGGCGCUGGUGCUGCAGCUGAUACAGUGCGUGGUGUACCUGCCCGACCACCUGCAGCUGGAAGUCAAGGACCGCAUCAAGGAGGAUCCCGACGAGGGCCCCAAGGAGAAGUCUGUCAGCGUCGACAGGGAUGUGUUCAUUGUGAGCAAGUACGAGACGGCAACGAGAACAGCCGGGAACUUCCUCACUGUGUUCCUCAGCAAGUGCGGGAGUAAGUCGGAGGACAUAGACUACAGGCCGCUGUUCGAGAACUUUGUGCAGGACCUCCUGACGACCGUGAACAAGCCGGAGUGGCCGGCCACGGAACUGAUCUUGAGCUUGUUGGGGAAGUUGUUGGUGAACAACUUCGUGAACAAGGGCACCGACAUGUCGCUGAGGGUGGCGUCCCUGGACUACCUGGGGGUGGUGGCGGCACGCCUCCGCAAGGACGCCGUUGUGUCGCAGAGCCGGCUCAGCACCAUCGACCAGAUCAUCCAGGAGAUCAAGGCCGAGGAGGAUCGGGAGUGGGAGGAGCUCGGUGCCGAUAAGAAGUCAGCGCGCGUGGAAAAGUCGGAUCCGGACCUGGACCCGGAGGAAGAGCGGACGCAGUUCCUGCAGAGGGUGCUGCUGGACUACCUGGCGGUGAGCGGGCAGAACGACGCGGCACUCACGUACGCGCGGCACUUCUACCUCGCCCAGUGGUACAAGGACACCACCACCGACCGCAACAAGGUCUCCUCCGGCGGGAAGAACUCCGUGGUCAAGAAGAAGAAAAAGGCCAGAAAAAAGCGCAAAGACGAGACCAGCGAGGAGGAGUCGAGCUUGGGGACGGACUUCGACGAGGAGGACGCAAAGAACCACUGCCAGGCGGUGGAGACGACGGUCGGCUCCUACAAGCUGCUGGAGAUGCGCAAGCAGUUCCUCAUCUCGAAGAUCCAGCCGUUCACGAACGGCCGCCGCAGCCAGCUCACGGACAAGGUGCUGCAGACGUACAUAGACUAUGACAGCGCGGAGCUCAUCUGCCGCUUCCUCGCCUCCAAGAGGCCCUUCUCCCGCAGCUUCGACGUCUACCUCAAGCAGAUACUGCUGGUGCUGGCGGAGAACUCCAUCGCGGUGCGCACGAAGGCGAUGAAGUGCCUGACGAUGAUCGUGGAGGCGGACCCCGGCGUGCUGGGCCGGGUGGACAUGCAGCGCGGCGUGCGCCACUCGUUCCUGGACCACUCGACCUCGGUGCGGGAGGCGGCCGUCGACCUGGUGGGCAAGUUCGUGCUGAGCCGGCCGGAGCUCAUCGACAAGUACUACGACAUGCUGUCCGCCAGGAUUCUGGAUACGGGAGUUAGCGUCAGAAAACGAGUCAUCAAGAUACUGAAGGACAUUUGCAUGGAAUGUCCUGAUUUCCCGAAAAUUCCGGAAAUAUGUGUCAAGAUGAUUCGCAGAGUAAAUGAUGAGGAAGGUAUCAGGAAGCUUGUGAUGGAAGUAUUUCAGAACAUGUGGUUCACGCCGGUCCGGGAAAGGCCGACGCUAGAUUCAACGGCGCUGCUGCGCAAAGUUAUGAACAUCACCGAUGUUGUCGCAGCAUCUCGUGAUAUGGGGCUGGAGUGGUUUGAGCAGUUGUUGAUAAGUUUGUUUAAGCCAAAGGAAGACAAAGAGGACUCCACCAACUUGAACGUCGAACCGCCGAAAGCAUUGCUCACCGCCUGCAAGCAGAUAGUCGAUUGCCUUAUCGAAAACGUUCUCCGCCUGGAGGAAACAAGCUUCGUCGACGACCAGGGUAGCAAGGGCUCGUCCCAGCGGCUGGUCGCGUGUUUGACGACGCUGUACCUGUUUGCGAAGAUCAGGCCGCAGCUGUUGCUGGACCACGCCAUCACGCUCCAGCCGUACCUCAGCCUGAAGUGCCAGACGCAAGGUGACUACCAGAUCAUCAGCAGCGUGGCACGGACGCUGGAGCUGGUGGUGCCCCUGAUGGAGCACCCCAGCGAGACGUUCCUCGCCCAGCUGGAGGAGGACUCGGUGAAGCUGAUCCUGCUGCACGACCGCACUGUGGUGGCCAGCUGCCUGUCCUGCCUGGGCUCCGUCGUCAACAGCGUCACCAGCAACUUCAAGCUCAUCCGCGACUGCUUCCAGAAGUACUACGGCCACUUGACGGAUUACAAAAAGAUCUACAUGAAUGAGCCUGCACACCCAUGGCUGGUGAAGUGCCGUCCAUUUUUCAGAAGAGCAUUGUUUACUGUGGGACUCCUCCUCAGGCAUUUUGAUUUCAUGGACAAAGAUGUGAUCAAAGGCUUGCCCAAAGACAUCAAAGACCAGGUGUUCGACACACUGCUGUUUUUCGUGAACCAACAAAACGAAGACAUCCAGACGUACACGCUGAAAGCGAUAGGCUCUCUGUGUAUUCGGCACUACGAGUUCAUGUUGGGGAACGAGCUGAAGAAACUGUACCACAGCCUCUUGACGGAGGAUGACGCCCCUCUUCAGAUGCGAACUCAGGUUUUGAACAAUAUAGAAAUGUACUUGCAGGAAGAGGAGAGGCGAAUGAUAAAACAAGAUCAGGAAUGGGCCAAGUUGUCGAAACAAGAAAACCUGAAAGAAAUGGGCGAUGUUUCUUCGGGCAUGGCUAGCACCGUCAUUCAACUGUACCUGAAGGAGAUUCUUGAAUCGUUUCUCCACCCUAAUGUCGGAGUUAGGCACGCAGCACUUAAAGUGAUCCAGCUGAUAUUGCAGCAAGGCUUGGUGCACCCCGUCCAGAUCGUGCCGUACCUGAUCUGCAUGAGCACGGACAUGGAGAAGGCCAUCAGCCACAGCGCCGACCGCCAGCUCCAGGACAUCGAGAAGAAGUACCCGGGCUUCAUCCACAUGAAGAGCUCGUCGGGCAUCCGGCUGUCGUACAAGCUGCAGCGCAUCCUGCAGCAGGCGGAGGGGCCGGGGGCGGCGCGGGGGUUCCGCGUCAAGGAGGGGGAGACCCCGGGAGCGCUCAACGGCUUCCUCUACUCCAUCCUGCGCAGCACCAAGCAGCAGCGGCGGGCGCUGGUGCUGUCCAUCCUCAAGCAGUUCGACGACCAGGGGAAGAUCAGCUUGUCACACAUGCUGUACCUGGCGGACAACUUGGCUUACUUCCCCUACCAAGUGCAGGACGAGCCGUUGUUCAUAAUCCACCACAUCGACAUCAUGAUAUCCGUGACGGGAACCAACCUCCUCCAGUCCUUUCGUGAGGGGCUGAUCCCCAACGGGCCACAGAACCCGCCGGCGGAGACGGCGGCGGCGGCGGAGACGCCCGGGGCGGUGGCGGUACGGCCGGGGGAGCCCCCGCCCCAGCAGCGCUACCUGGAGGAGGAGGAGGAGGACGAGGACACGGAGGCCCUGUUGGCUCGCCUGCCGGAGGACACGAGCGUGCUCCAGGACUGCAUCACCGCGUCGCAGGGCUGCCUCUUGCUGCUCGUGCUGAAGGACCACCUCAAGGAGCUGUACAGCUUCAGUGAUGCGAAAAUCACACAGUACUCUCCAUCGGAGUCGGCCAAGGUGUACGAGAAAGCUGUGACCAGGAGGAAUACCUCCCUCUUUGAUCCGAAGGCUACCAUCCAGAAACUGAAGCAAGGAUCGCCUACAAGUGUUCUGGAUGACACCUACCGGAAGGCGCUUGUGGAACAGUACUUAGAUUUCAAGCAGCUGAUGCUGAAGUUCGACCCGGACGACGCGGACGACGACGAGCCGGCGCCCAAGGCGGCGGCGGCGGCAGCGGCCAGGAGGGGCGGGGAGGAGGCGGGGGCGCCGGAGGAGGGGGACAAGACCGCUCACCCGCCCACCGUGCCCCCCCUGACCCUGCAGGUGCACCUGGCGCCACCGCACCACCCGCCUCACCACCACCAUCACCACCACCACCACCAGCCGUCGCUGCGACACGUCACCUCGCACCCGGGGGCCAAGGAUCCUCCUCAGAAAAUUCCCAAGCUAACAAUAGUUCCCCCACGACCACCCGACGGAAAAGACACUAAACACCAUCGUUCGCACAAAUCGCACAAACUCGAGAAACACAAAAAGCACAGACAUAAAAAGAAGCGGAAGCGACACUACGGCAGUGACGAGGACGAUACUGAAAACGAGUUCAGCGACCCUGACUUUCUCUUGUGAAUUCUUAUUUUUUUAUCGUCGAGAAGUAUGUUAGCGUGCGUCGACCCGCUGCUCUCGCCUCUGCAAGCCCGCUGGGACUCGUGUUAACGUGAGGCCGAUGUAACUUUUGAGAGGGUGAGCAACGGUGGGGUGCGGCAAUGUGGGAGUGGCGUACGGGACGGCUGGUUGCGCGCUGGGACUUGUUUUGAUUGGUUACGAGUCCACACCACGUCAGGCCCGGUGAUGGGGAGCACAGCCGCUACGCCAGUCCCACUGCACGCUGUGACGACCACCACGUGGGGCAGUCUGGAGACUGCCUUCAGCCCACGCGUGCAAUGCGAAGAGCGAGACAUAUUCGACCCGAGUGUUUGUGAGCGUACAAAUUUUUUCGUUAUGUGUCAGGCUAAUAACGACACAGUUUGCUGUCAGAAAAUUCUGACGAACGUGCACAAUUAAAUUAGGCGAACAAAGUGUUUUUUUUUUCUUUUUGUGAAUAAUGUAAGCUAAUACUCUAACACAUGGAUUAACCCACUGACAGUUUGUGGAUAAUUUAUUAUGGAAUAUUUAUUAUACAAUAAAGACAUCAGUUUUGUAUAUAAUUUUUAUCAAUGUACAUAUGGAAUUUGUUCAGGAUAAUGCAUUCUUUAGAGGUUUGAGGCCAUGUUGUUUUUUGGUGGAACAACUUUAAUAAACUGCCGGCUGAAUGGUACAUACAUACACUUAUUUUUAAGAAUGUAGCUGGUACACUUAGUUUAGUAAAACAUUUGUCACUUACUUGGCUAAGAAUAACAUCUGAUAUAGUAAAUAAUUUGAAGUUAAUUUUAUUUUGCAAAUUAUUUAUUAUUCAGUACAAAAAAAUGUAUGAAUUUUGUAAAAAAAAAAAAUUUAUCUGUAAAUACAAAUGAAUUGUUCAGCAUGAAGCGGAAAUCGGAAAUUAAAGUAUGAUGUUUUUGAAGUUGUGUCUUGAAGAACGUUAGUAAUCAAACUGUGUAGUUCAAAACAUGUACAGUUUAUUUUUAAAAUAAAAUAAUGUAAUCGGCAUGCACUGCAGAACUUGUCGUCGAUUGUAAUCAAUGCACCCAACAGUUCUUUGUUUAUUGCUGAAAUUAUUUGUGACAAGUUCCCUUCCACUUAUUUUUUGAGGCCAUUUUUCUGUUUUUGCUUUUCAAUAUCUCACCCAUAGUGUUUGUAUUUCGAAGGAAAAGGUCACAGUAGACGUCCUGGAUCUGGCUGCCAUCAAAGUAAGGAUUUGGAAAAUAUAGAAACAAGUUCUAUUAAACGUUUACUCCAGUAUGUGAAAUAACUUACGUUGUGUAUUAUGGUUUUAAUUCUAUGAUCACUUGGAAUCAGCACAGUGUGGUUUCAAAUUUGCACGUAUUUUAGACCUUUUUUAAUUAAAAAAUUAAACUGCUGAAGGUGGUAGGAGAAAUUGUUACAGUAUCUGAAAACUAAAUAAUAUUGCCUUGCAUUUUGUUAGACAAACCUCAUUUCAAUGUGUAACUUCUUUAGUUUUUUUUACCACUAAACAAACAUUAGAGGAGGUUUAUACCUUAAUAACUUUGUCUAGACAUGUCUAGUCAUACUUCAUGGUGCAUAAGUGUUAAACUUGCCCUCAGAUACCAACAAUUUAAACAAAGUUUGUAUAGUACUUAACUCUAAAUUGCUUGAGUUUCUUGUACCAGAUAUUUAGAUAAGAAACUCUAAGUUUGUUUGUUUCGCUAUCAGUAUGUUCUUGCAAAUUGUAGACAGUUUAGUAUAAUAUUUGCUCAUGUUUAAUUUUAGUUAUAAAUAUUUAAAAAUCACACUUGGAUCACAUCUUAACUCAGUUUGCACACUUAUAUGACUAAAUUAAAAUGAAAUUUACAUAUACAUAUACACACACACAGACAGAGAGAGAAGUUUUGCCUAAUUUUGUGAGACUGUAAUUACUUUUACAGUGUGUCUAGAGGUCACAAAAUUCCUGAAAGUCACAAAACAGUAAAGAAACUGAAGGACUAGUGACAAAAGUCACAAAAAGGAUCCUCAAUAAACAGCAGUGUUGCUGGAAGUCACAAAACUUUAAUUUCCAGCAGAAUUUUUGCUUACCUACAUUUGAUGCCUCUCUACUUAAAUCAUGUGAAAAUUAUCUGGAAAAGGUUUAAUUUUUUGUAACCUAAAAAUAGUAAAAAUCUGUAAGUUUGUGCAACUUGUAGACAAUUUUGGAUUAUAUUUGAUCAUGUUUAAUUUUGGAUGUAUAUAUUUAAAAAAUCUUGCUUUGUUAAAAAAAAAUAACUUAAAAGAAAAUUUUAUUAAAAGUCCUGAAGAAGUUCUGAAAUUGGUUCACCAGGCAUUCUGUUUGAAUAAACAAGUUAAAUAUUUUAAUGGUUUUGUAUUGCUGAGAUUUUACCGGCUCAAACCAAUUGUAUGUAUAUUUUCUUAGUUGGCUUUUGAUGUAAAAAUUUAGUAGGACUCGUUCUGUGCCCUUGUUUUGUGUACUACAGAGCAGCAACGUUUAUAGAAUUUCAAUGUCACUUCUGUCGUGAAGCUAACACCUGAAAUAUUGAUGUGGUUAAAGACCCUAAUUGUGGGUUUAAAUUUCUCAGAAUGUGUUAAAGGAAGAGAUUCUCGUGCAUAUUAAGGUAGAUUACCUGUAUCGGCCAGAAACCAGAAAUCCGUGGAGUGCGAAGCAGAGCUGUCGUCCUGCUUGCAGCCUCUCGGCACAUGAGACUGGCCGGUACUGCUGCGACGCAGAGUGGGUUGGACCAAGGCAACGACCCGCGCAGCAAUGCACUGCAGAUAUCUGAGCACACAUUCUCUACGUACCUACGCUGGUCCCGAGAGGCACUCGAUACAUCCUACUGUCUUUUUUUCUCCUGUGUUGUCCAAACCAAAACCAGUUUAGUUGGUUUACUUGUAAGCAGAGUUACUGUGCUUUUGUCUUGCCGCCUGAAAAAGCUGCUUCAUUCAGCGAAGUCUUGCUAUUGCGUGUCCAUGCAGGAUUGUGUGAAAAUAUCUACCUGCAAACACCAGUCUGUUCCAUUUUUUAUUUUUAUUAAUUCACUUUAAAUUCGUAAUUCUACAAUCUCUUUCCUUUCCCCAUGGUAAGCUACACGUAGGGUAUUUUACACAAUCCCUUUGGGAACGUCAGUAGGACAUUGACAGCUUUCUAAUGAAACUUGCCUCAUAACAGCGGAAUCUUGCUUCCAAGUAAGCCACCAGUUCAACAGCAGUGUUGUAGUCGUGGUUAUGGGACGAGAAGCCAUUCGCUGCAACGUUAGUUUUCUUGCUGUAGUGAGCCCAAGGUGAUACAGAGAAGGUGCAUAACUGUUUGGUUUGCAUGUGUGGGGCAGAUGUUGCGCUGAGACACUUUGGUUGGAAUACAAUUAGCAGCCAGUUUCAAGACUAAAACUUUCCCCCAAGUAUGCCAUUCAGUUGAAUAUUGCUAUUUAACAAAUAUUAUUUUUUCUCACAGUGUUCUGUUUUUUUUAGAACAUGUUUGUUUCACCAUAAACAUUGUACCUUUUAUAAUGUAGUAGCAGUAGUUUCAUUUGUCAAGCGUUUCUUUGCAUUUCUGAUCCUUUUUAUUCGACAAACGGGCAGCCAGAUCCCGUGAUGUACAGUUAUACUUUUUCUUGCUGUUUUGGACGUUAGUGACACAUUGAUUAAUCCAUGGACGAACUGGACACAGGGAUAGAGUUUUCUAUUUGUAAUGCUGUCUACAAUUGGAGCUUGGCAAUAUCGCAUCACGUGAUCCGUUGAGUAUGGAAGCAUUUAGUUGUUUCUGAAUUUUGCGGAUAAUUUCUGGAAUGUGAAACAAAAAUGUUAUCAGGUUUCUGCUCUUCAUGCCUCGAUUAUUCAACGGACAUAAUAAGUAUGUUGUAAAAAUUAAUGUGCUUGAAAAUGUAAUUGCAACAUGCCAAGUUAAGUAAAGGAAUUCUAUGUUAUUGUGAUUGCAUACAUGUUUUUAAAUGAUUUUCAUUGAGUGUAUAAUAAUCCUCCCCCUAUCCAUUGGGUCAUUUAUUUGUUGCUUUAAAUUUGUUUAUAAACUUUAUUUUGUAUUUGGUUAUUUGAUAAAUUACUUAAGUAUUGUGAGUUGCAAUGUCAAACUUCAGUAUUUCCCAAUCUUAGGAAAACAGUGGUAAAUGCUAAAGCAUUUAAACAUUUUGUGUGUAUGAAAAUUUUAUAGUACAUACAGUCCUUUGUACAAUUUUUACUAAUAUUUCAGAUUUAAUAUAUUGCAUUUUAUUUAUUAUAGUUUGUUUAUAUUAAACCCUGAUUAUUUUGCAAAGACUUUUUUAUUUAAAUCUGAAUACUCUGUGUUACAAAGUAACUUUAUGUGAUGAAAUUUGUGUGAAAUAAGUUGCUACCACUGUACAUGAAGUAAACCUUUACAUUAAUUUAACUGCCAACAGUGAAAUCACAAACUACAAAGUUGGGCAAUUCUUUUGUCUAUUUAUACAGGAGUACUUGCAGAUUCUGUAUAGAUUCACAAAUGCAAGACAACACAAUUUUGUUUGGAAGGAAUAUGUGGUUUUGUGCUUGUUUGUGAGUAGGAUAUUGCUUUGCUUGUUUUAUUAUUUUCUCUGUACUGCAAAUCAUCAAGAAAACAGACAUAAUACUUUUAAAAAAAAAAAAAUUAUCACUUUAUAUAUCCAAAUGUUUUAUUUAGAAUUUUUUUUUGUGUUGCCUGAAAUGCUUUACUGAUGAUUUUGUUCAACUUGAAAUAAAGCUGUGAGCAAGUGGAAAGCUAUUUAAUUCAGAGCCGUAACUCUCAUAAUUUUUGCCUCGAUCAUGUGCAAGAGCACCUGUAGCUCACAUUAAGAAAAUUAAGCUGAAUUCACAACCUGCGUAAAUUGAAAAAGGAAUAACAUGUAGUGUGUGCAUGCAUAAGAUAGUAAGUAGCUGCACUCUGUUUUCAUAUACAUAUAAUCUUUCUGCAUGCACUUUCUCUCUUCCAGGCAGUUUUAAACAUUUUGGCCUUUAUAUACAAUCAAAACUAGAGAGUAAUCAAAAAAAUUUAACUCUGCCUUUAAUUUUUUUUUUUUUUUGUCAUUUCCUUCAUAUGUUCAAUACUUAUCAAUUUUAAAUGUUCAUUUUUGUAGGCUUGACAUCUUUGAAAUAUUUCCAUGACUUUGUUAAAAAUUAUUAUUUUUAUGAUAACUGAAUUGAUUGCUUUGCUAAAUACUAGAGUUAGGUAGUCUCCUGACCUUAAACUUAAAAUGUAUUAUAUUUAUUUACUGAUAUAUUUUGUCUUUUUUUCUUAUAUUUUUUGAUAGAUGAUUUGUGGUAUAUCAUAUUCUAGUUUGAUAAACUCUGCUUGCGUUUGAAAGUAGGUAUGCACACAACUCAGUAAGAGGCACAGCUACACAGUUACUGAACUGGAUGUAUAAAGUAGGGUAGAUGGUACAGGAAUUAGCUGCAUGAUCUCAGCCCAGUGGACCCGUGUGCGAGUUGGAGAAAGAAAUCAAUUUUGCAGUGUUGGUACUACUGUAGCUGUUUUUUGUUUUGCAAGUUUCAUAUGUAUUAGAAUUGACAAGUGUUAACUACAAUGCUUUGUAAUGCUGAAUCUGCAACUCUAUAAAUGUCAAUAUUGAAAAAUGAUGUUUGUCAUUUAUACUGCAAAAAUUAAUCCAUAUUUUAAAAUAUUUUCAGUUGAUUAUACUUUUUUUUUUAAGUUUGUUGCUAAACCAAGACAAUAAUGUUUGUGUGGGAAUUAUAUGAUUUUACAGUUAGUAUAUGUAUUCUCUGAAGUUAAUUUGGAUUUUGUUUGCAAAUGUAUUAAAAUUAUUUUUGCCAGGUGAAGAAUCACAUGAUUGUUUGGAUUGAUUUUUAGUAAGUAAAAUUUGAAAAUUUUGGUUCUUGAGUGAUUUAUGUUUCCAUGAUUUAAAUGUGUAGUUCUCUUUAAAAAUAGAAAUAAUUUUUUUAUGAAAGUUGAUUUUUUUUAUAUAUAAAGCAAAUUCACAUUUGAAGUCCUAAUGAUACAACUAGUGUUCCAUACUUUUGCAUCUGAAGAUUUUUUUUUCUUAAUUUUGCUGUCACAAAAUAAGAAAUUUUCAUUGUAGAUAUGUUUUCGUUGGCAGGCAGUAUCUUUCAUAAUAUUUUUUCUUUCACUCCACUUAGUACACAUCACAAGAACAAUCAUAGUUUGUAAAAGAAAAAAAAAAUUUGUGCCGUGUUGAUGGGCGACAACGGAGUGGUAGCAACUUGCUGUACAGUGGGUUUAUUUCUAGCCAAGUUUUUUUAAUCGCUGUGGACGCAUGCAACAUUUCAGUUCGUGUCAUGGAACUGUUGAAAGUGUGACGGGACACUCGGCGACCACACCGCAGGCAAAGAACGGUGUGAUUCAUACUUGAUGCAGUGCAACGCUUACAUUGAAUGUAUUUGUUGAAGGAAAAAAAACUUUGCUGUUAUUUCGUGUACUUCUCAUGUUUGUCUUGAUCUAAAAUGGUUUGUGUUAGUAGUGGUAAUAUGUUUAGAUGUUUUAUUUUGUAAAGCCCUUAAGGUCUUACUAUAUGAAAUUUUUUUAAAAUAUGUAAAUAUGUAUCUAAUACAAAGUGUGAGACUCUAUUUAAAACAAAAUUUUAUUACAUAUAUAUCAUUGUGUGUUAAUUUUUUUAUUGUUUUAAGUUUGCAUCUGCACAUACUUCAUGUAAAUGACAUAAAGCAUGCUGCAGACUUCCAUUUACUUCCUAAUACUGUCACAAAAUCACCCUGCAGAAUAUUUUAACUAGGGUGAAUGCCUACUUUCAAAACAUUCUACGAUCGGUUAGCAGUAUACUGAAGCCCUUCAGGUAAUUAUUUAUUAAACUGUUCCAUUUGAAUAGCGAUGAAAUCACCCAUGGUUACGGGCCACCUGAUAGUGGUAAAUAAAACUGAGGAUUCAUCAUUAUAAAUAGAUAAAAGCAGUAUAAAAUUUUGUAAAAAAAAAACUGUCUAGCAGUGUUAAUCGUAACAAAUUUCUGGCAAAAAAAAUUAGAUUUAUUUUUUAUAAUUACUUUACAUUGAAUUUCGUAUACAAAUAUGUAUUUAUACACUAUUAACUUUAGAAUAGCAUAAUCAAUUAAUAAAAUAAAAUGUGGUAUAAAAUGUUUAUAUUCAAGUCACUAAUGCACAUGGAACAAAAUUAUGUUGAUAAUCUAUUUUAUAUGUACAAUGUUCUUUAGUAUGCCUGAAAUGUUUGGCCUGUAUCAUUAGCCUGCUGUUACAGGAUUUAAACUGUUUACACUUGUUCAUUUGGAUCUCAAAACACAUUAAAAAUGCUGGCUCGAUAUUUCUAUUGACAUAUCGAGCCAUCAUAAUUUCAAUGUUGCUGAUUUUUAAACCAGUACAAGAUAAGAAAAUAUGUCACCAUGUGACGAAAAUGUUCACUUACUGUCCACAUUUGAAACCGGUAUCCACAGCACCGCAAAAGUUUGUGACACAAAGUUGCUGUGUUCAUUUUGCAACAGUGUUGCUGAGAGAAAGAUGGUUGGCAGUUGUGAACAGCUUCUCAUCAGCAUUAUUGCUUACAAUGUUCCGAGCAGCAAUUUCCCCAACAGCGCUAAAAACUCUUUAGCACUUUUUUUCCUGAGGUUUUGUACCUUGGUGAGAGACUUCAUUCCCAAGUUCUUCAAUUUGCCUUUCAUCUGACUUUGCUUGACAGCUGAAACUAUUUUUGAAAGGCCAGCAGAUGUUUUGUUUCAAAAAAUCCCCCUGCUUAUCAACAAGAAGUUAUUCUCUAAGUCAUACAACUUUGAAUAGAGUUUAUAACUGAAAGAGUAACGAGAACUUUCAAGUUCCAGGAUUUCUUCUGUGAGUUGCUUGUCUACGAGAAAUUCAGUAGAGCACAGAAUUAUUGCAAGCUGGCAGACACUCAAGUUCUUAAAAUAGUCUUUCGAGGCACCGCUAUUUCCUCCACAAGAGGAAUUCUACCACGUCAUAACUGAUGCUGGGGAUAUUUUGACAUCAAAGUGAUUAAAGUUGAAUGAACUGGAAACGAGAUAAAGUAAAAGUUCUUCAAUUCACAUGUUUCCAAUUUAAAAAGUUAUCACUGUACAAUGAAAUGUGUGGAAUCUAUUUUUAUUAUUUAUUUUUGCUGCUGAAUUUUCUAGUGUUAUAAAGAAAAGUGCAUUUUACUCUGCACCAGAAACUAAUCUCUUACUUGUAGCAAUAAAUUUUAAAAUUUAUCUUUUAUAAUUUUUUACCUGAACUAUGAGGAGACAAAAUUACACAAGUAAGAUAUAAUUAACUUAUUGGGCACCAUGUUUCAUUAUCCCUACUCAGUAUUUCACCCACUGAGUCAUGGCUACCUGCACUAUGACCGAGGAUUUGGCUCCACGUCAUCAGUUGGGGCCAAUUACAUGGUUCGCUGAGCGUGGUAACAACACAGACCACGCAAAAGGUUUCGUCAGCAAGCCCAUGCAGUAGCCAGGACCAAGGGUGAGAAGGGGGGAAAGAUAUAUCCCCACUUCCUCCCAAAAUCCCAAAAAAAAACUCCCACCAACAAAAGGAAAGAAUUGGAAAGCAAACAGUGGGAAAAGUGGUUCAAUUUCCCCCCUCCCCAGAAAUGAAAUACUGCAUACGCUCGAGGCAGGACCACCAGUGCAAUGGAAGCUCGCCUGGCUGCACGCGUG